GAAAAAAAUAGAAAAACAAAAAAAUAGUUAUAUGCGGUAGCGUUCUGCAUUCUGAAGAAUAAAAAGGUCUACAAUUUCUGUGCAUCAAAUCCAUUACAGUCUGCAAAACCCUGUUCGAUUCCUAAGUUCUACUUACCCAAAUCAUAAUCUAUACACACAAACGUGUGCAAAUUGGACAUGAAACGAGGUUAUCAAGAGUUCCCAUCCUCGAGUUCGUAUGGACCCCCUCGCUCCAAACUCAAGCCCAACCCUGAAGGUGAUGCCCAAUUUUUGGAGGAUGAGAGUACAAAGAUAUUUGCAAAAAAAGUUGCCGAUCAUUACAGUGCAAGAACAAAUCAGACGCUUGAAGAACGUGAAGCAAGCCCAAUCAUCCACCUGAAGAAACUCAAUAAUUGGAUAAAGAGUGUCUUAAUUCAGUUAUAUGCCAAGAAAGGGGAUGCAGCUCUUGAUCUGGCUUGUGGGAAGGGGGGUGAUCUCAUCAAAUGGGACAAGGCGAGGAUCGGUUAUUAUGUGGGCAUUGAUAUUGCUGAUGGAUCAAUAGAAGACUGCCGCAUACGUUAUAAUGGCGACGCAGACCAUCACCAGCGUCGCAAAAAGUUCUCAUUUCCUGCCCGACUCAUUUGUGGCGAUUGUUUUGAGGUUCGACUAGAUAAGGUUUUGGAAGAAGAUGCCCCAUUUGACAUUUGUAGCUGCCAGUUUGCCAUGCACUACUCGUGGUCUACUGAGGCACGUGCUAGGCGGGCCUUGGCCAAUGUAUCAGCUUUACUUCGGCCUGGAGGCAUCUUCAUUGGAACAAUGCCAGAUGCCAAUGUCAUCAUAAAAAAGCUUAGAGAAGCUGAGGGGCUAGAGUUUGGCAAUAGCGUGUACUGGAUACGUUUUGAUGAAGAAUUUCAAAACAAGAAAUUUAAAUCUUCAAGUCCAUUUGGCAUCAAGUACAAAUUCCAUCUGGAGGAUGCUGUUGAUUGUCCCGAGUGGAUAGUCCCUUUUCAUGUAUUCAAAACACUGGCUGAAGAGUAUGGUUUGGAGUUGGUCUUUGUAAAAAAUUCGCAUGUAUUUGUGAAUGAAUACAUGAAGAAACCCGAAUUUGUUGAGCUCAUGCGAAGACUAGGUGCUUUGGGUGAUGGUAAAGAAGAUCUAAGUACACUGUCGCCAGAUGAAUGGGAGGUGGCCUACUUAUAUCUGGCUUUUGUUUUGAGAAAGCGAGGGCAACCGGACGAAGCCAGAGCUAAUAGCAGAAGGGACAAGGGUAAGAUGCAGCUGUCCAAAGAGGACAUUAUUUACAUCAAUGAUCAAGAGUAACAUCAUCACCAAUAACAAGAUCCUCAGAUUCAUUGAUUGGAAGACCCAUCAAAUCAGAGGAGACGAAGCUUGAGCAGCAAUUCACUCGUGAUCACAACAUUAAACCAUGCGUCCUUUGUGUACUUCAUUAGGCAUAAACUGUUGAUCAAUUUUCGUGCGCCUAGUCGCACAUGUUUCCACUCUUAACCAUAUAAUUGUUGCCCCUUGAUGUACCACCAGUGAAGAAAAAUAAUGACAUCUUGUUUUAGCAUUUAAUACUCGUAUCUUUAGACUAGAGCUGUCAAAACGGGCCGGCCCAUAGAUGGCGGGCCUACAAAACAGGCCCAACCGCCUUGCCUCGGGCCGUGGGUUUGGCGGGCCAGGCCUGCCCAUUUUUUUUAUUUGUAUUUAAAGAAAAUGAUUUAUCUAUAAUUAUUUUGCUGCAAGCCUGUAAAGAGAAUGAUCCAUCCAUCACAAAGGCCUCUUCAGAAUAUAG